AUGGCCUGGCGACUGGGCAGCACCCCCGACAUCAAUCCUGCCUGGUACACAGGCCGUGGAAUCCGGCCUGUGGGCCGCUUUGGCCGGAGGAGAGCAGCCCUGGGGGACGGACCAAAGCCUGGCCUCCAGCGCCCGCCGGCCUGCUUCCCCCUGGCAGGAGGUGCUGAGCCCUCCCAGGGGGGCUGACAGCUCAGCUCCUCCAGGAAUAGCCCCAGGGGCCUGUCUCCAGACCCCCACCCCCUCCUCCACAGGCUACAUCCCCUUCAGUCCCAAUAAAAGCAGCUGGCCUUG